AUGAGAUACCGAGACCUGUUCCCUUCCGAAAGCUGUGACGCAACUGAUGCUUCCUGCUCCAACAGAUUAGCUUACAAGCACAUCGGCCUCGUGCAGGACUUUGUCCAAGAGAAAGUUGGCGAUCUUGUCGCGAUGGAGAAGGAGCGGCACAAGCGGGGAUACGCAACGUUCGAGAUGCUAUGGCUCCUGUACGAACCCGGAACCGACGUCUACGUUGACUUCCUCGUGAUUGGCGACUGGCAGCCCUAUGUCUUGAAGAGUAUCGAAUACACCGGAUUGAACGACACGAUCACGACACUCAAAGUGCAUUACUGGAACAUGAGCGCCAACUCCGAGUACAUUGGACCUUCCGAGUGGAAUCAGGAUAUUCCUUCUUUUUCUGGGGAGAAAAAAAUUGCUUCCCUCGUUGUCUAUCCUUGCAAGUCUUUUGAGAUGAACAGCGAGGGUAAAAAUGCCGAGGAAGUCAAAGAGUAUUUCACGGAAAGGGGAAAGAUGUUCCUUCAAUUGAGAAAGAAGAAGUGCUGGUGGUUUGACGGGUACGAAGGAUUAUAUCCCCGCCGACCAGUGAGAUUUCUCGAGGUCUCGGGAUUCAAAGAAGCUCGCUUUGACACAAAGGUGCUCGACACGCUCGUAUUGGAUGAUCACAUCAAGAAAAUGAUUCAAAGUCUAACUGAAAAACACAUUGUUGGUCUCAAGGCGGAUUGGGAAGGAGAGCAAGUCUUAGGCAAAAGGUCACCUGGGGUAGAGUCGAAGAAGAGUGCUGGGUCGAGCACCUGGUCGGCUGAUUACGUGAAAGGGAAAGGAGAGGGGUUGAUAUUCCUCUUGCAUGGCAAACCAGGCGUUGGGAAAACUUACACUGCCGGUCAGUAUCCCUUCCCUUUUAAGAAGACUGUACUGAGUCAUCUCUCGGAAGAAUGCAUAUCAACUCAUUUCAAGCGACCACUUCUCAACCUCACUGCGACCGAUCUCGGAACUGAGCCACACGUCAUCGAACAACACCUUGCUAAAUGGUUCAAACUAGCGGCCAGAUGGAAUGCUGUGCUACUCAUCGAUGAAGCCGACAUUUACAUGGAGCACAGAUCUGUCCAAGACAUAGCCCGCAACAGCUUAGUGGCAGGAUUCCUUCGCGCACUGGAGUACUUCAAGGGUGUGCUUUUCCUUACAACUAAUCGUGUAGGACAUUUCGAUGAAGCAUUCAUCUCCCGGAUAAACAUGACGAUCUACUAUAGACCCUUCAACGAGCAGCAGCGUCGUGAGCUCUGGGAGUCUUACUUCAGGAAGCUGCAAAAGGAAAGAGAAGACAGGAUGAGGAUACACCUCAAUACCCGAGACUAUGUGGAAGAGUCAGAGGACCUGCGAAAGUUGGAAUGGAAUGGCCGAGAGAUAAAGAAUGCCUUCCAGAUCGCUGUUACUCUCGCUGAGGCAGAAGGCGACAAGGAUGAGAGGGGCCGGGUGAUCAUCAAACCAGACCACAUCAAGGCUACGGUGGAGAUGUCCAAGACGUUCAAGGAGUAUUUGAAUGAGUUGUAUGCGAAGAACGAGGAUGACCGAGCUGCUAUUCGGGGGAACCGGUACGAUGCUUUCGGAAAAGGGCCAACCAAUGAGACAGCGUACCAUUAA